ACAUUAGCAAAAUCAUCGUCUGUCAACGAUGGAGCGACAAUCUAAAAAUUGAAAUUAAUUGAAUUGUGCAAAAUUAUUGUUGUUAAGAAAAUAAAAUUCCUACAGUUUAUAGACUAAAUAAAGAAUCACAAAAUGGGUGGCGGACAAUCAGUCCGCGCAACACAAUUCAACCGUCCUGACAAAACAGAAGCCGAUCCAACCAUAAACGAAGAAUCAACAGAACACCACAUCAGCAUCUCCAAUAAAAUGGUGGAAAGACUGGUGGAAGAUGCGACGUUGGCGGGCGGCGUAGCAGCGGCUGCCGCGGGCACACCACGUGGAGACUAUAAGGACAAAAUGUUCAUGGAAAAACUCAAGUACAUGGACGAGCAUCACUCCGAGAGAUGUGGAUUAACCGUAGAAGAUUUAAACGCAAUAGCAAAACGCAUCGAGCUCCGCACCAGUAACAUGGUGAGCAUAGAGCCUGUGUGUGCCGAAUGCAAGCAGCGGGUCAUCGACUGCUACAACCGGGAACGAAUCGACAACGCCGUCAGAUGUUCAGAUUCUGUUGGUGCGUUCACAAAAUGCGUGAGGGAGACAGCAACGACUCGUCUGCGUGCGCGUACGCAGAAGGAAGCUCGGGAAACCGCUCGCCGUUCCAGACACGUGGCACAUGCACGCCACCAUGCUUUGCGAGACCUAGUACCACCUCCUGAAGAAGAAGCUACUGCUAUUUAGAACAUAUCAAUGUAUUAAUACCAUCCCAAAAUAUUGUAUUUUUUAAAUUUUUUAUUGCGAUAUUCCGCUCGUAGCCAUACAAAUGCAUACCAGAACGUCCGGAGAAAACAAUGAUGGUCGUUACUUCUAUCAUGCACACAUCUACUGAGUACGUAAAUACUAACAUCAUUAUUUAUUUUCGCUUUCGCUUUGUAUUGGCCAGAUAUCUAGCAUACGUCGUAUUGUGAUUCUUACUUUAUAAAAGCCACAACAGUGAUGAUCUAUUUAGGAACUUUUAGAACAACUAUUAGAUAAUAGAUAUUUUUUGCCCGACAUUAUAAAUUUAUAAAGAUCAUUCAUUAAAUUAUUAUAUUCAAAAGUUUAAGAUUAGGUAUUCAUAAAGUAGUCAGUUUGACAUAAAUCUCGAUAUCUUUCAACCUGAGACUAUAAUUUAGCACGACAUUAAGUUUUGUGCUCCAAAAUACCACAAUAAAUAUAUUAUUUACUAACAUUGUUGUUUUCGUACAGUUAUAGGUAUUGAUAUUUAAUUUAUCUGCGGUCUUU